ACCAUGGAUCAGGACCAAACAUAAGCGCAGGAGCAGUUGCGCUGUGGCCGCAGAAAUAACAGUCCUUCGGACGCCUAGCCUAACCGGGCUGUGGCAUUGGACACAUCUGUUUUCUGUGCUCUGACAGCUCUCCCGAUGCUGUCAUCUUUUCCUCCACCUCGCCCACUCUCUAGGUAAAAUGUAUCGUAACGGUUAGCCUACACGCAAUGGUUGCGGUAGCUAGAAAUCAUUGCUCCAGUUUCCUAAGACAUUAGUAGCUUGUCAAGUCAGUCUUGCUUCUAAUGUUAGCGUGAACGCGUUCAGGGAACAUAUUUUUUCGGUUUAGUUAGCCAGUUACAGUUAGCCAGCAAGCUAAUUCAGUUAGUCAGUUCAAUAGCUUGCCAGAUGGCCUGCAUAACGUGAAAUGGUUGUCUAACGUUAAUGUUUUUUGGUCUAACCAACCUAUUUAUGCAUUUGUCAACAUGGGAUAAUUUAACGUCACUACAAAAGUUCAGUGACGGGUCUGGUCUAUACUCUGCGACAGCUUGCUAGUUACCUUGGUAGAUCAGUAUCUGCAUCGUCAGUCUUAUGAUGGGCGUUAGCUGUUUCUUUUCAUCAAUCUGUGAUGUAACGGUCAGCUAGAUAUUCUGCACAGAAUUACAGUUUUAUUAUUUUACACAGGGCAGAAUCGCUGAAUUUACAGAUGAAGUUAACUUAUUGCUUUGACAAUGCAUACCUAUGCUACACUUCUGCCACCUCUCUUGCAGUUCAAUGUAAGUUUGGCCAUAGCUGAAUUUCUCGGUUGUCUUCGUGUUUAACCUAGCCAUAUGGCUUGCUAUGCAAUUUUCCGUUACUUGCACCUGCCGAGUCGUGUCAGCUGAAGCGUGCUUUAUAGCACAGAUCAGAACAGCGGCUAGCUUUAGUUGAUUUUGAGACAAAGUUAAACCACUUGUCAUAUGCUGCUUGUCUGUGAAUUACCAAACCAUAGACGCUUUUGCACACAAAUUGCACUCUGUUUACACACUCGCUCGCGUUUUGGGCAUACAUAAUGAGUGAUCAUUAUGUGAAGGUAAAAGUUCAGCUUGAACAGCUAAAAUCCAUGGGCGAGGUGGAGGAGGUAGAUGCGGCUGAGGAGGAACAGGUGUAUACCGAAACACCACCGGCAUCCCUUUCACCUGUUCCCACGGCCCUCGAGGUCCGGAGGGACACCUCAAAGAUUCUCGGCACGGCCAGAAACCGGAGCAAAAGUCGAACUAAGCUCGGCGACCCUAACAUUAAACCGGACGCGCCUGUUAGCCGCCUGGACAAUGCGCCCUCGCUCCAGAUUAAAGGCACCGGUAAGGUUUUGCAGGAGAAAGCUGAGGCCAACGGAAACGUGGUGAGCAGCCAGACACAACAGAAAGAUACCAAAAGUGCACAAAGCAAAGAGGAUGCCAACAAACUGGCCAAAAAGAGGAGACCGGUCACUGUGGAUACGUCUAAGGCUAAGACAUCUCUAGAAGCGCUCAAACUCAGCAUCCGGCAGCUCAAAUGGAAAGAGUUCCCCGCGGGUCGCCGCACUGCCUGUGACAUCUACUGGCACGGGGUGUCCUUCCAUGACAACGAGAACAUCGUCUCUGGACAGGUCAACAAGUUCCCAGGGAUGGUGGAGAUGCUGCGGAAGAUCAACCUGAGCCGUGCCGUUCGGACCAUGCAGGAGCUCUUUCCAGAGGAGUACAACUUCUACCCACGCUCCUGGAUCCUUCCAGAAGAGUACCAGAUCUUUGCCACACAGAUCCGCCUGGCCAAGGACUGCGACCCUUCCUCGCCGCGGCCGACCUUCAUCGUCAAGCCGGACAGCGGUUCCCAGGGCGACGGCAUCUACCUGAUCCGCGACCCCUCGGACCUGCGCUCCAUGGCGGCGGGCGGCGUGGGCGCAAGGCCGGUCAGCUGUCCGCAGGCCGUGGUGCAGGAGUACAUGCAGCGCCCCCUGCUGAUCGACAAGCUGAAGUUCGACGUGCGUCUCUACGUGCUCGUGCGCUCCCUGGAGCCGCUGGAGAUCUACGUGGCCAAGGAGGGCCUGUCGCGGUUCUGCACGGAACCCUACCAGGAACCCAGCGCCAAGAACCUGCACCGAGUCUUCAUGCACCUGACCAACUACUCACUGAACGUGCAGAGCGGGAACUUCGUCCACUCCGACAGCCGCAGCACGGGCAGCAAGCGGACGUUCUCCAGCGUGCUCUGUCGGCUGGCCGCCAAGGGCGCCGACGUGAAGCGCGUCUGGUCCGACAUCAUCGCGCUGGUCAUCAAGACGGUCAUAGCCCUCGUGCCUGAACUCAAGGUCUUCUACCAGGCCGACAUCCCGCCGGGCAAGCCAGGGCCCACCUGCUUUCAGAUCCUGGGCUUUGACAUCCUUCUGAUGAAGAAUCUGAAGCCGGUCCUGCUGGAGGUCAACUCCAACCCCAGUAUGAGGAUCGAACACGAACAAGAGGUGGCUCCGGGGGUGUUUGAGUAUGUGCCCAGUCCGGUGGACGAGGAGGUCAAGGUUGGGGUCAUCAGGGACACAUUGAGGCUCAUGGACCCGCUGAAGAAACAACACACAACUGGUGCGGAGCAGGAGGAGAUCCUGGUGGAGGCGGGGUCAGUGGAGAAGGCGGGGCCUGAGGAGCUCCUGCUGCCGUCCCUGUGCCUGAAGCAGGUGUUCCCCAAGUACACCAAGCAGUUCAACUACCUGCGCACGGUGGACCGCAUCGCCACCCUCUUCCUGCGCUUCCUCGGGGUCAAGGGCACCAUGAGGAUGGGCCCCACAGGGUUCAGGACCUUCAUCAGGAACUGUAAGCUGAGUAACAGCAGUCUGUCCAUGGCCUCAGUGGACAUCCUCUACAUCGACAUCACUCGACGCUGGGCCGGCAUGCUCCCCGACUCCAGAGAAGCAGGGAUGACUCUGCAGGCGUUUGUGGAGGCCUUCUUCUACCUGGCGGGCCGGCGCUUUAAGUCCCUCCCCAUGCGGGAGCAGGUGCUGUCGCUGCUCGAGCAGUGUGAGUCCGCCCUCCAGGGGCAGAGCCAAGACGAGAAGCCACGCCCACCCAAACGUAACCACGCCCCUUCCAUCAACCCCACCGCCCAGACCAACUCACCGGCGCCUGCACGCCGUAGCCAUGACUACCGGCUGCACCAGACACUGCGGCCAACAGCGAAAGGGAACACGGAGCACUGAGUGUACACACACACACACACACACACACACACACACACACACACACACACACACACACACACACACACACACACAGGCAAACCCCAGUGACUGGUGGAGCAAGAGUGAAACUCUUAUAGACCUGUUUGCUUUACGUAUCUGAUAGGAAGUAUGUAUGUGUGUGUGUGUGUGUGUGUGUGUGUGUGUGUGAUUUUAAAGAGGGUGGAGGAGGGGGUGAGAGCUUGCUUUUGGUUUGUAAAAAAAAACUCUCCCUCCACAACCUCAGUCGAAGAAAAUGUACAGUUGUACAGGGGGAAUGUAUGUGUGUAUGCACAAGUGCAAUCAAAAUGGCUCUAUUUUCAGGGAAAUCUAUGGAGCUUAAACUCACCACAUUAUUCACACACACACGCACAUACACACACUUAUUUUCCCUCUCUGUCACACAGCUCUAUCACAGCUCGCUCUGUGUGUGUGUGUGUGUGUGACACGGAGCCUUAUUUGCACUGCCCUCCUCUCAGUAUUUCCUGCACAUAGACACUUGAGUGAUGUGUGUGUGUGUGUGUGUGUGUGUGUGUGUGUGUGUGUGAACCAAUCAUAGGCAGGGCCAAACCCCACUCCUCCUGGCUCAACCAAUCAAAGCCUGAGUAAGAGAGUUGGCAUUAUUUCCCAUGAUCCUUUGACUUCUGGUCUGCAGCUACUUUGACCUCACAGCCUGGUGACUGACUGUCUCCUCUGGAGAACACUACGCGUUUACUUAUUCUAUUUAUCAUAUAUAUUCUAGAGUUCUCUUUAUAUUCUGUUGAAAUUAAGUUUAUUUUGUGAGAUUUUAACUUUUUUAUUUUCACUUGAAAGCUAGCAUGUCUCUCACUCUCUCACACACACACACACACACACGGUAGGCCUGGGCAAAGAGCUCUGCCGUGAUUCUGCUCUGACAUAAUGGAUACAGCGGAACAGUUCUCCCGGUUCUUGGUAGAAAUACACUCCAGCAUGCUGGCAGACUGCAGUCCACUCUGGAAUGGUUCAGCCUCAGAACUUGGUCAGAGGUCUGUCUGAAAAGAGCGACCCAAGGGUCUCCAUAAGAAGGUGUUUGUGAGGGAACCAUAUCAGUGGCGUUUGAGUCUUAGACCCCAUCAGGUAUUACUCCCACUACUUCAACUUGGCUGGGAUGGGACUUAAUAAACAGUAUAUUACAAAAUCAC